AUGUCAGCAGAUCAGGAACAAACCAACAAACCUCCACAUCAAAGGAAGUCACGUGUAAGUCGCGGAGGAAGUAACAAAUCCAACACUAGCAAUAGAGGUGGAGGAUACAAAAGACAUCGUAAUCAAUCAGGAAAGAGUAAACCAGAAGAAGAAGAAGAGGAAAUUCCAGAAGGUGAACAAUGUAUAAUUUGUGCAGAACAUAUCAAAUACGCCGCACUAACUCCAUGUAAUCAUACUACUUGUCAUAAAUGUACAUUCAGACAACGUACUCUAUAUGAAAAGAAUCAGUGUUUAAUUUGUCGUAGUGAAAAUGAUCGAAUUAUAAUCACAGAACAAUUACAUAGAGAAUAUAAUGAUAUUGCCAGCAAUGAUAUAGUUACUACUGAUGAGAAACAUCAAGUUGAUUUCACUUCCAAUUAUGCUAAGGAAGAUACCUUAUUGUUAUUAUCAAAUAUGUGUUCUAUUUGUAAUGAUAUUUGUCCAACUUUCAAAGAACUUCAAGAUCAUGCUAAAGAAGUCCAUGGGAAAUAUUAUUGUUUGAUCUGUUCAAAAUUUAAAAAAGCAUUCAAGAUUGAAUUAUCAUUAUAUACAUUUAAACAAUUACAAAAACAUCAAUCAGAAGGUAAUGAAGAUGAAGGAUUCACUGGACAUCCAGAAUGUAAACAUUGUAGAAACAAAAACAAUCGAUAUUAUUCCGAAGAUGAAUUAAAUAUCCAUAUUAGAGAUCGUCAUGAACGUUGUUUUAUCUGUGAUCAAGUCCAACCCAAAACUGCCGACUAUUAUCGAAAUUAUGAUUCCUUGUAUUAUCAUUUCCAACAAGAACAUUACGUAUGUAAUGUUGCUAGUUGUGUUGAGAAGAAGUUUGUUGUAUUUAGGGAUGAUUUGGAUUUAACUGCGCAUAUGUUGAAAGAACAUGGAAACCUAACUGGAACUGGUAGUGGCAAUAAGAUUGUAAUUGGAUCUAAUUCACAUCAUUUUUCACAAUUAUCAUCUAAUUUCCAAAGGAGCGCAAGUCCGAUUAUUCGAGGUUGGAAUGGACAAGAUGAUUCAGCACAACAAACUCCCGAGGUUAAGAGGAUGAGAUUUGAAGAACGGGCAAAACAUUAUUUAAAUUACGAUUUGAAGAAAUAUGAUGAAUUUCAUGAAUUAAACACAAGUUUUAAGAAUAAAAAGAUUACUGCUCAAGAAUUAUUAAAGUUUUAUAAGCAAGAUUUAUUCAUUCAUCAAACUACUGAAGAAUUGAAUUUUUUGAUUAAAGAAUUUUCAGAAUUCUUUACCGAAGGAUCAAGUUUACAAACGGAUUUAUUAUCAAUCGUUAAAGAAUUAAAAAUUACAGAGGAAAGAGAACAAUUCCCAGUAUUAGGUGGAUCAAAAUCCUCUAACGUCCUAAGCCAAUCGUGGGUCAAAUCCAGCUCCUCCUCAUCUGCAUCCUCAACACAAGACAAAUUCCCAGCAUUAAGAAAACCAACUCGUCCAGUUGCCAAACCAGUCAACCCAAUAUCACAGCCAAUCAGAUAUACAACUGUUCUCAAAUCUGUCCAACCCAAGAAAUCCAACUCUCCCAUCAUAAACACCUCCCAGGCAUCAACGAGUUAUAGACCAACGUAUCUCGAGAAUACCAAGAAAGCCCCAAGUUUGUCCUCACUCCCAGUGCUCGGAUCCAGUUCUAUUCACAACACUCCCUCAACAUCUAAUUCCACAAGAAAUGGAAGUACAGGGGUGGCUGAUAGUAGUAAGUUCCCAGCAUUGGAAAAGAAAUCAACCAAAAAAGUCAUUCCGAGAGUGAAUGCGAUAUCUACUACUCCAUCGUGGGGUGCCAAAGCUGUAGUUUCUUCGAGUAUGACCGCGAAGAGUAGCACUGAGGAUGAUGGAUGGGGUGGGAUUCCAAUCGUCGAUAAGAGAAAACAAAAGGCUAAGAGAAAUAAAGGUGGGUUAGUGAGUGAUAUUUUGUAG